AUGAAAUAUACUAAGUUAAAUUUUAUGAUGUCGGUUCUUGGCUUUAUAAUCUAUGUAACUGAUUUAAUUGUGGAUAUCUGGGUGUCUGUCAGGUUUUUCUAUGAGGGUCAGUAUGUUUUCGGUAUUUUAACAGUGAGCUUUAUGCUCUUUGGAACACUUGUGGUCCAGUGUUUUAGUUAUUCUUGGUUCAAGGACGAUUUAAAGGAAUCAGGCCAAGAAAGUCAGCAUUGUUUACUUCUACUUCAUUGCUUGCAAGGAGGAGUUUUUACAAGGUAUUGGUUUGCCUUGAAAAAGGGUUAUCAUGUGGCUUUCAAGUAUACCAGCAAAACGGAUGACUUCGUGGAAGAACAAAUCGAUCCUCAUAAAGAAGUUAUAGAUAGGGUGACAGAUUUGAGCAUGCUCAGGCUGUUUGAGACCUACCUGGAAGGCUGCCCACAACUUGCUCUUCAGCUCUACAUCCUUCUGGAACAUAGUCAAGGAAACUUCACUCAGUAUGCAGCCAUCAUGGUCUCUUGCUGUGCUAUUUCUUGGUCGACUGUUGACUAUCAAGUAGCUUUAAGAAAAUCCUUACCUGAUAAAAACCUCCUUAAUGGACCCUGUCCUAAACUCGUAUAUCUCUUUUACAAGUUGUUUACAUUAUUAUCUUGGAUGUUAAGUGUUGUGCUUCUUUUAUUCUUAAAUAUUAAGAUUGCUUUACUCCUGUUGUUAUUUCUUUGGUUUUUAGGUAUAUUGUGGGCAUUUAAAGAACAAACUGAUUUUUGUGCCUCCAUAAGUAUGGAAUUCAUAUACAGGAUUGUUGUUGGAUUCAUUCUUGUGUUUACAUUUUUUAAUAUUAAGGGACAGAAUACCAAAUGUCCAAUGUCUUGUUAUUAUAUUGUAAGGGUAUUGGCCACAUUGGGGAUAUUGAUUGUGUUCUGGUUUUACCCACUCUCUAUUUUUAAUUCAGACUAUUUUAUACCUGUCAGCAUCACUAUAGCUCUUACUCUUCUGGGAAUUAUUUUUCUUAUUGUUUAUUACGGGACUUUGCACCCAAACAGAAGUGAAGAAACAAAACUGGAUGAAGUUGAUGGAAAACCAGUUCAAAGAGAUUGUAGAUUGAAGUAUUUCCUAAUGGAAUAA